AGACAAAAACUCCAACGAAUAGCUUCUGCAUAGGUUUCUCGUGGAAUCGUUUACGUUAGGUCCUAGUGCUCUGCGUUGAAGACAUUCGCACAGCGAAGCUUUCAUCUUUUGGCAGUUCAGUAUUCUACUUGCCGAAUCCCAGGAUCUGAAGGGUCUGUCGACAAGCUUCUUGUGGACGAAUGCGCUGCAUCUCCCAUCGUCUGUGAGCAGGCCGUCAAAAAAGACGUGUUUGCGACGCCUUGACAACAACACCUGUGGCUCAUUGAGUUGGCAAUCCCAUGCCUUGAAAGGUCUUAGGCCCGCCGCCAGGUUUCUUGUGAAGGAGAACGUUACACUUGCUAUCGCCGUUCUGCGGCUGUAGGAUACCUUCAAACAACCGGUGUUAUAAUUGAUACACUGAAAUCUAGUGUCACGGAAAAAUAGAAAAACUCUUUUGCGAGCGACUUCGUUAAGCUUGCCACUUUCGUGGAGUAAGCCGUUGUCUCUAUAUUAGGGACGCCAAAGUUCGAUGUCCCCAAGACUAGCUUCCUAGGCCUGUCGUCAGGCGCGUUGGCUUGCCAGGGUUCUGCGAUGAGGGUCGCAGUCAUCGGGGCCGGAUGCGCGGGCAUCACCGCCGUCAAGGCAUGCCUCGAAGAGAACCUCGACGUCGUCUGUUUCGAAGCGGCCUCGAACUCCGGAGGUCUGUGGUGGUACCGCGACCAAGAACACGAGGAUGUCUUCGACGCCGGCACAGUGAUGCGGUUCACGGUCUGCAAUACCAGCAAGGAGAUGUGCGUCUACAGCGACUUUCCGCCGAACAAGGACUGGCCGAUCUUCCUGGGGCACAAGAAAAUGCUCCAGUACAUCCGGGACUAUGCAGACCACUUCAGGGUGACGCCUCGAAUCCGUUUCAGGCACAAGGUCGUCGACCUGAGCGAAGACCUGACGUUGAGGGUGCGCAAUUUGGAGACAGGCGAGGAGUUCGAAGAGAGCUUCGACAGGGUGAUGAUCUGCACAGGACACCACGCCAUACCGUCGGUGCCAGUUAUUGCGGGAAGGAGCAAGUUCAAGGGCCGGGUAAUGCACUCGAGAGAAUACAAGUACACCGACGACAGCAUUCGUGGAAAGAGGGUGGUGAUCGUCGGUUUCGGCAACUCGGCAGUCGACAUCGCCGUUGACAUGGCCGACGUCGCUGAAGUGGUAAGGAAACUUUGAAUUUAUCUGUAGGGAUAACUUUAGGCAGCAUGGAGGUCAUGUAUCUAUGUAAUAGUCGUAGCCAUGUAGCCAGGGUUUUUCAGCAAGCUGUCACAGAAUUCGUGUUUGAGGGUGAGUGUCGUUUUGAAUUGAACCAAAUAAUGAAAACAUCGGCAGACAUGACUGCCAUUCAGAGAUCUA